AUGGUGGCCCUGCCCAAGCGCUCGCGGGUAGCCACGAUGUCUCAGUCCCUGCUUUGGCCCCUCGCGGCCAGCAACACUCGCGGCCUGUCCAGAGUUUCCAGACGUGUCCCUCUCCAGACGGCCGCUCGUUUUGUUCCCGGUCCUCUUCCCCUGGCCGCCGUUGUUUGGUGCCAGAGAGCACGGCACGCUACGCGCCGAAAGGAGCAGCCGAAGAAUGCCGGCCUGGCGCUCACCGUUCCAAAGGUACAGGCUCUGCAAGUCGUCCGCCAUGCUUCGGUUUCGUCCACGAUCCCAGCCCGGCCGCCUCAGCGCGGACUGGCAGCUUACUCGACCGAGACGACGAUCGUGACAACUCCUUAUGCAAAGCUCUCCGUCGGCGUUCCCCGGGAGACGUACCCGAAUGAACGCCGGGUGGCAGUGACGCCGCAAAAUGUCGCCUUACUUCUCAAGAAGGGGUUUGCGAAGGUGCUUGUCGAGAGAGGCGCCGGUGCUCAGGCCGAUUUCCCCGACGACGCCUAUGCCGCCGCUGGAGCUACCCUGGUCGACGAGGCCUCUGCUGUCUGGAGAGAAGCAGACAUUGUGCUCAAGGUGCGAGGGCCCAGCACCGCCGAGGCCGAGGCCGCCAAGGAGGGGCAGACCAUUAUCAGCUUCCUCCAGCCGCUGCAGAACAAAGCACUGGUGGAGAAGCUUGCUGCUCGAAAGGCCACCGUGUUUGCCAUGGACAUGAUUCCGCGCAUCUCCCGUGCCCAGGUCUUUGACGCGCUGAGCAGCAUGGCCAACAUUGCUGGCUACAAAGCCGUGCUCGAGGCGUCCAACAACUUCGGUCGCUUCCUCACGGGCCAGGUUACGGCCGCCGGCAAGAUCCCGCCUGGAAAGGUCCUGGUCAUCGGCGCUGGCGUCGCCGGGCUCAGUGCGAUCGCUACUGCCAGGAGGCUCGGUGCGAUCGUGCGUGGUUUCGACACCCGAUCCGCUGCCCGCGAACAGGUCCAGUCCCUCGGCGCCGAGUUCAUCGAGGUCGACAUACAGGAGGAAGGGUCCGGUGCCGGUGGCUAUGCUAAGGAGAUGUCCAAGGAAUUCAUCGAGGCCGAGAUGAAACUCUUCACCGAGCAAGCAAAGGACGUCGACAUCAUCAUCACCACCGCCCUCAUUCCCGGAAGGCCGGCGCCGAAGCUGAUCACCAAGGCUAUGCUCGAGAACAUGAGGCCCGGAUCGGUCGUCGUGGAUCUCGCGGCCGAAGCGGGCGGCAACUGUGAACUGACCCAGCCAGGCCGGCUGAUCACCUACAAGGACGUCAAGAUUAUCGGCUACACCGAUCUUCCCUCGAGGCUGCCGACGCAAUCGUCCACUCUCUACUCGAACAAUAUCACCAAGUUUCUCUUGUCCAUGGCCCCAAAAGAGAAAGAGUUUGGCAUCGACCUAGCCGACGAGGUCGUCCGUGGCGCCAUCGUGACCCGGAACGGAGAGAUCCUCCCGCCUGCACCUCGCCCAACCCCACCACCUGCCCCUGCUGCUGCCCCCGCUGCAGCAAAGGAGGCCGAAGUCGUCGCCCCGACGCCGUUCCAGAAGGCCGCCCGUGAGGUGUCUGUGGUGACUGGCGGCAUGGGCGCGGCUCUUGCCCUGGGCAAGUUCACCGGCCCGCUGUUCAUGAGCAACGCCUUUACCUUCGCCCUGGCCUCGCUCAUCGGCUACCGCGUCGUCUGGGGCGUCGUCCCGGCUCUGCACUCCCCGCUCAUGAGCGUCACCAACGCCAUAUCCGGAAUGGUAGGCGUCGGCGGCUUGUUCAUCCUGGGCGGAGGAUACCUUCCGGAGACCGUGCCCCAGCUCUUUGGUGCCGCUUCGGUCCUCUUAGCCUUCGUCAAUGUCGCAGGCGGGUUUGUGAUCACGAAGCGCAUGCUCGACAUGUUCCGGCGCCCCACCGACCCUCCGGAGUACCCGUGGCUGUACGCCAUCCCGGGCGUCCUCUUUGGCGGUGGCUUUCUGGCGGCUGCCUCGACCGGCGCGGCCGGACUUGUUCAGGCUGGUUAUCUCGUGAGCUCGGUCCUCUGCAUCGCCUCCAUCUCUGGCCUGGCGUCCCAGGCGACCGCUCGCAUGGGUAACAUGCUGGGCAUGCUCGGCGUUGGAUCCGGCGUCCUGGCCUCUCUCCUCGCGGUUGGCUUCUCCCCCGAAGUCUUGACGCAGUUUGCCGGUCUGGCCGCCAUCGGCAGCAUCCUCGGCCUCUUGAUCGGCAAGCGCAUCACUCCCACCGAUCUCCCCCAAACAGUCGCAGCCUUGCACUCCGUUGUCGGGCUUGCCGCCGUCUUGACCAGCAUCGGGAGUGUGAUGGCAGACCUGGCGCACGCGUCCACCCUCCAUCUCGUCACCGCUUACCUGGGCGUCCUCAUCGGCGGCAUCACCUUCACCGGCUCCAUCGUCGCCUUCCUCAAGCUCGCCGGCAAGAUGUCUUCCAAGCCGCUGGUGCUGCCUGGUCGGCACGCCAUCAAUUCUGGCCUGCUUGCGACCAAUGUCGCGACCAUGGGCGCCUUUUUGACCGCGGCCCCUGGCUCCCCGCUCAUCGCGGCCGGCGCCCUCGCGGCCAACACGGCCCUGUCCUUCCUCAAAGGCUACACCACCACCGCGGCCAUCGGCGGCGCCGACAUGCCCGUGGUCAUCACCGUGCUCAACGCCUACAGCGGCUUCGCCCUCGUCGCCGAGGGGUUCAUGCUCGACAACCCGCUCCUCACGACGGUGGGCGCGCUCAUCGGCGUGUCGGGCUCCAUCCUGUCGUACAUCAUGUGCGUCGCCAUGAACCGCUCGCUCGUCAACGUCCUCUUUGGCGGCAUCUCGGCGCCGGCCGCGAGCGACUACAAGGUCGAGGGCGCCAUCACGCAGACCAACGUCGAGGACACGGCCGAGGCCCUGAUCAACGCCGAGUCGGUCAUCAUCGUCGUCGGCUACGGCAUGGCCGUGGCCAAGGCGCAGUACGCCAUCUCGGACAUCACGCGCAUGCUGCGCUCCAGGGGCGUCAACGUCCGCUUCGCCAUCCACCCCGUCGCCGGGCGCAUGCCCGGCCAGUGCAACGUGCUGCUGGCCGAGGCCAGCGUGCCGUACGACAUCGUGCUCGAGAUGGACGAGAUCAAUGACGACUUUGGCGAUACCGACGUCACCCUGGUCAUUGGCGCCAACGACACGGUCAACCCGAUCGCCUUGGAGCCUGGCAGCCCGAUCGCCGGCAUGCCGGUGCUGCACGCUUGGAAGAGCAAGCAGGUCGUGGUCAUGAAGCGGGGGAUGGCGAGUGGUUACGCCGACGUGCCCAACCCGAUGUUCUACAUGCCCGGCACGAGAAUGCUGUUUGGAGAUGCCAGGGUGACGACCGAGGCCAUCAAAGCCGCCAUCGAAGCUCGACUCAAGUGA